AUGUUCCAAGCUGACCAGAAAAACAAGGCCGAGCAACACAAGCAGAGCAGACAAAAAAAGAUCAAUCAAUUAAUACAAUCAAUCAUCAUCCCAUACAUCAUAUCCAAACCCAUCAUUCAUCUUAGGAAGCCUAGAAACAGUCUUGGCGCUGCGGUCGUUGCGGGCACUGCGGUCACUGCAGGCAACCUAUGCCUAAUCUGUCUUUCGCCAGCCGGGGGCCUCCGGCCCGUCACGUGGUUGGCAAAGGUUCCACUCAUGCCAGGCUGCAUGGAUAAAACGCCAAAGGUGCACCAUCGGAGGCUCGGCAUUGCACCAGCCCGACGAACUCCGAUGCCCCCUGCUUAA